ACAGCUGCACUCUCCAGUGAUUACAUGCAUACUGUCUGGGUUUUUGUGAUGAAAACAUAAUGAUAUGGAUCUGGCAGCCUGGAUCAUGCAUCUCAUUCAGCAGAUGUUGAUAAUAGCUGUGGCUGAAUAUUAACUAUUAUUAAGAAGAUGUAAAAGGAGACUGUGAAAUAGCGUAAGUUGGCUGGUAGCAAAUGUCUUCCUGUUGCUUGCAGGCAUGAGAUUCUGCAUGGGAGUUCAACACUUUGAUAGAACUAUUGCAACACUUCUGUCAGCUCAAUGUAUGUAUUUCAAAACAGAAGGAUUUGGGGAACACUCAUGAGAGAGAGACAAAAAAUGUCCCAGCAUCCUCACUGGCCUUCAUCAGUGCCAACACAUUUCAGGAGUAAAGCUUGAUGUAUGCACUGCCAGUCAAUAGCACAUACCUAUUGCAGCUCAGAUUCACUGGCCAGCACAACUUGUAGCACUGAGAUUUGCUGCACGAUAAGGUUGGGAUCACUGUGGCAGUUUAAGCUGCAAAUGCUCCCUGCAGCUUAGUACUUGGUCAGGAAGCAGAUGAACAAGGCUCCCUCUUUUCAUGGUGUUGGCACCUCAGUUGGCUUUAUCUGUCCAACAGGGGGCUGAUGGCUGCAGUGCCCAGGCACUGCUCAUGGCUUUGCAGAAGAUGGCAAAGGCACAUUCCAUGGGCACUGGUGCUGCAAGACCUGUCCUCAAAACCUGUCAGCUGAAGUCUUGCUGGUGUUGCAGUAGGGAUACCUCCGUAGCAUCGUCCCUUUAUCCCCUUGGGGUCAUUCCACAAGAAGGGAUGGGCAAGCACCAUCACCUGUGAUGGGUAGCCCAUGUGGAGUACCUGUGGGUACCAUGGAAUCAGCAUAGAUGAACACUGGUGCACCCAACCUGCAGCACCUACUCUGGGAGGGUGGAGGCAGGUGGAGAGGAACCCGCCUCUGCUCAGAAAGGAGGAAACCUGACCCCCGGAAGCUGGAUCCCAAACCCAUAGCACUGCCAACACUGUAAAUAGAACAUAAGUGAAAGAGACAGUCAGAAAAGAAGAAAGGUCUGUUCCUUUGUGCCCGAGCCACUGCAGAGGUAAGAAAGUUUCAUUCAAAAAAAAAAGAAUAGAAAAAUAAAAAUAUUUAGUCAGCAUUUGCUUAAUAGAUGGGGUAUCUGAUCAUUUGUAUGUUACGUGCAGAAGCUCUCUGCUUUACUGACAAAAUUCCCAGCUGGUCUUAGGUGCAGCAUUGCAUAUUGUGUGUCCUUUAUGGCCUCGCAGCCCUCCAGUGUAAGGUCACAGCAUCCUUUCACUGGGUCCCAGCAGCAGUUUCACUGUGCUCUCUAUUGCCCAUUUUGGAUGGAGGGUCUGUAUUUUCCUUGCCAGAAGCAGCUUUGUCACUACUGUUCUUUUGGCUCCUGUAACUGGCAUUUAGUAGUUUCAGUGGGAUUUACAGAUAGCAGAAAACUUCUGACUCUCCAAAGUGGCAUGAUAGACAUUAGCUACCCCAUCAAGGCAAACAGGGUUGCAAAGGUUUGGGAUGAGUAAACCAUGGUUUUGGUAGGAACUGUUAGGAAGUUUACUGGUGCUGCAUCUAAAUCUCUUGUCUUUUGGACAUAAAUGACCAGUGUGUACAGUGCCAGGGACUCAUCUGCUAGUGGCUUCUUGCCUGCUUAUGGAUGAAUGAAUUUUGCACCAGCUUCUCCAAUGCCUGGACAGAGGGGGGAUACAGGAACCUGCACAGAUUUCUGGUGUUAUUUGAGAUGCUGGAGCAGGAAUCUCACCUGUUGCUAUUUGAGAGCAGCGUGGGUCUCUCAUAGGUGUUAUCUGCUAUCCUGAUGCUUCUGGGACUGUCUUGGCUACUGUAGGGUGUUGAAGGUGGCACUGCACCACUCUGCUUGAGCACCUGAGCCUCACCAGGGCCCUACACAGCAAUACCAGGGAAUGGGGUUGUCUCUCCUUUUCUGGAAGAGCUGCAGCACUUCUAUAAUGGUGAUUCAGAGGAGAUGAGUGUCAGUGAAACACUCCCAUCACCUCUCAGCAAAAACUGGCGGAGUAUCCCAGCAUCAGGAUGUGUGGGCAAGGGCCUUGGGCUUCAUCCUUGUCCUUACGUACACCCUGGCCUGGCUUACUGGUGCCCUGAGGUGUGCAUGCUGCAGGCUGUGGAGAGUGGCCUUUAACCAAAUACAGGUGUGAUGUGGCAGCUUAGGGAAGAAUGUGUUUUCAGGUCUCUGAUCAUAAAGGAACAGAAAUGGACAAAAGCGAGUCCCCAGAUUUUGUUAUUGCAAAGCCCUUCAGAAUUCAGACGCACAGUAAAGCUUUACCUCUUUUCGUGGGCUCCUCCAAGCACCUUGUUUGGCUGCUUUUGAGCUUGUACCACUUGGAAACGGUCCCUAGCUGGUGGCCAGCAAGGUCAGCCGGUGACACUGUGUACUGCCAGCAGCUGUGGCUGCCUGUGAGAACACUGCUGAGACUAAGUUGUAAGCAAAAUCCUACACAGCCUCCUGGAUACUGAACUGUAAUGAUCUGCAACAGCAAGGUCAGUAUAUGCAACCCAACUGACUAAUCUGCCAUUAAACCCAUAACGACAUCCUUAUAAUGUUUUCAAGGUAACCAGCCUGGCAGUACUGUAACUCCAUAGUCUCCAUGUUCAUGCUGCCCUCUAUCUCAGCUGGAUUUUAUAUCUUUCGUUAGAUGCUGUUGGUCAUUAAUUCCUUCAAGCUCUUACUGCAUCGUCCCUGAUCACUGCUGGGUGGUUGUAAGUACUGCCUGGGCCAAGUCCAGCAACCCUGAAGGCAGGUAGUCAAAGCAGAGGGUGUCAUCAAACUUAAGAUGGGUUGUGCCCCCUGCCCCAGUGUCUGAGCAUUCACUCGACGAUACAGCUUGUGAGUAACAGUGGACCCCAGGAGAAGCUGAGAUGGCCACUGCACCGAAAGAGGCAGAAAAUGCUGUUGGCUUGGAGGAAAUCCACAUGGAGAGACAAGAACCCCCAAAAGGGCAGAAGACGUUUACAGUGGAAGAAGCUGUGGAAACCAUUGGGUUUGGGAGGUUCCAUAUUGUACUUUUCCUGAUCAUGGGCAGCACUGGGGUGGCUGAAGCCAUGGAAAUCAUGCUAAUAGCUGUUGUGUCCCCUCUCAUCCGAUGUGAGUGGCAGCUUCAAGACUGGCAGGUGGCUUUAGUGACAACGAUGGUGUUUUUUGGCUACAUGGUCUUCAGCAUAGUUCUCGGGCUUCUGGCCGACAGGUAUGGCCGCUGGAAGAUUCUGCUGCUUUCAUUCCUCUGGGCAGCUUAUUUCUCCCUGCUGACCUCGUUUGCUCCAUCCUACAUCUGGUUCGUGUUCCUGCGGGCCAUGGUAGGCGGUGGUGUGUCAGGCCAUGCACAAGGGCUUAUCAUAAAAACUGAAUUUUUGCCCACCCAAUACCGAGGAUAUAUGUUGCCCUUAUCCCAGGUGUUUUGGUUGGCAGGAUCCUUAUUAAUCAUCGGCCUGGCAUCAGUGGUGAACCCAACCAUUGGCUGGCGGUGGCUGAUCAGAAUUGCCUCCAUCCCAGGCAUCCUUCUCAUCCUGGUGUUCAAGUUCAUCCCAGAGUCAGCGCGGUACAAUAUCUCCACGGGAAACGUGGCAGCUGCCAUGGCCACGCUGCAGAAGAUAGCCAAGAUCAACGGGGCAGCAGUGCCUGAGGGAGUGCUGAUGGAGCCUGUCAAGGAAAAGAGAGGAAGAUUUAAGGACCUCAUCCACCCCAAAUACCUCAGAACCAGUUUGCAGAUAUGGAUCAUAUGGCUUGGCAUAGCUUUCGCUUAUUACGGCGUCAUCUUGGCCAGCACUGAAUUACUGGAGCGGGAUCUCAUCUGUGGCUCCGCAAGACCACCAGUGCAGGACUCCAGCGAUAACUCUGAGGAAAGCCGCAGUCGCUGCUACUGCCACUUGUUUGGUCCCACUGCCUACCAGACCAUGAUGAUUAGCACAGUCGGAGAGAUUGCAUUAAAUCCUUUGAACAUUCUUGGCAUCAAUUUUCUUGGAAGACGCCUGACCCUGUGCAUCACCAUGGGAUUUACGGCACUAUUCUUUCUUCUCCUUAAUAUCUGCACUUCGAGCACAGGCAUGAUCGGGUUUCUCUUCAUGCUGCGCGCCUUGGUUUCUGCAAACUUCAACACCAUCUACAUUUACACAGCAGAGGUUUAUCCCACCACAAUGCGAGCCCUGGGGAUGGGAAUAAGCGGGUCACUGUGCCGUGUUGGAGCUAUGGUGGCCCCAUUUAUAUCACAAGUUCUUAUGAGUGCUUCUUUCCUUGGGGCCCUGUGUCUUUUCUCCUCUGUGUGUGUGGUCUGUGCAAUCUCUGCACUUACGCUGCCCAUCGAGACCAAGGGCAGGGCACUUCAGCAAGUGAAAUGAAAGUGGGCGUUUGAUGUUGGAUUGAGUAGGAAAGAAAAGUAAACCUUUGGAAUCAGUAAUUUCCUCUAAGCAUAAUUUGAUGUUGAUUGCUUUUCCAUAUAAAAAUUUCAUCUUCCAUUAUAAAAAUUACAACUAAACAGUGUAGGAGCUACGAUUUGCAUAGACAAAUGGCAAAUCUCUCAAGGACAUUCCCCUUCUUAUGAUUCAAUAAAAAGAUGCUUUUUACUUGUCCCAUGAAGUGAGAUGGAGACUCUUUACUACUGAUGCUGUUAGUAGUGCCAAAGUAGAUACGGUCUUAGCCAUUGCAGCUUAAAAAAUACUUUAAAAAACAAACCAGCAUUCCUCAACUACUUGUGCAUCUGCAUUAAAGUAGUUAAAUUUAACAUCUCAAACUUCUUCACAGUGGCAAUUUCUGAGAAGAUUCUUUGGGUGACAUUCAAGACCAUACAAAGAAAGUCGAUUCAGAUUUUUCCAGUGGAUUAUUUCAACAGUGACAUUUUCAAACAGCUUACAGCAGGCAAACAAGUAACUGGACUGCAGGGGUACAUUUACAGUCUUCUCCCUAACGUUUUCCAUUGGGAAAACAACUUGAGUGUGAAGCUGUACAGGUGUCUUCUCUUCACCUCUAAAAGCACUAAGUCUCCUAAUAAAUUUGUGCUUGCAACUUAACAGUCGAGAGGAACAGAGAGCACCUUCCACUAGAAGCAGUGCUAAAUCGGGUAACUGCGUAUCUAGGGAGGCACGAGCAGCCCUUGUAUCUAAUCUCUUCAAUGAUCUAUCUACCACACCAGUGCUACAUAGCAAGUCAAAAGCAGGCUUGUGGGCACUCAGAUGUCGUCACAAUUCCAUCUGCAAAAUGCUGGCACAAUCAGAGCUCAAAUAAUCCAAAAGACUGCCUGCUCUCCUGAAAACUCAGUUUUUAAGAUGUGUUCUGGUCUGAGCUAAAGUAGAAUCAGUUUUCUAACUUCAGCUAAACCUCAUCUAAGUGAUCCUUUUCCUGCAAGUUAACUGUAUGUUUUUCAGAGUGUUUCUCUCUAGAAGUGAUAACACGGGGCACUGGAAUGCAGAAAGGCCAUUGCUUACACUUAUUCCUACAGAAACCAAAGUCAUCCUCAACUUGGUGGAAUGCCUAAGUGAAAGGGGCAAAAAAGGGUCACACUUGCAGGGAGGAGCUGACAGGAGAGGAGCCCCCCAACUGAAUAACAGAGUAUUUUAUCCCAUAUACAUUACACUCAGUAGAAAACAUAGGGAUCACGAGGGCCAAGCUCUCUUCUUUGAUGGCUGACAUCCAUUGAGGACCUCAUCUGUCUUUUUGCCCUGAUCAUGGAUCUCUGCAUUCCUGAAUCCAGCUCCUCAGUUCAGCUCCCUCCUACUGCUGAGUCCAGCCUGGGACCUUUUUCCCUGUGCCUGCGCUGCAGCAUCAGUGGUGAUGCAGUCAUUGGGGUGGGGGGAGGAAUUUUGUAUAUUUGUGUAUAUAUAUAUUACUGUUCCCUCAUUAAUACUAUUUUCAUUAUUAUUGCUUCAUUAAAGCUGUUUUAGUUUUAGUUUCCAACUCGCAAGUCUUUUUCUCUCAUUUUCCUUUCCCCUUUGCAGGGCAGGGUGGGGAGGAAAUUAGGAUUACAGCUGCUCAUGUUUAGCUGCCAGUGAAGCUGGUCUGGAUCUAAACCAACAUGACAUAAAUAAAGAGUAUAAACCAAUACCUGGAGU